GCCGCGCAAGGGAGAAGUGCCACUUUGAUGAAUUAAUUGUUAGAGCUUUUGUUGGCAUGGCAUUGGCAUGGCCUUCAACUUCAUCGCUUCCAGAACCACCGGAAUCUCACUGUUCCUACUCGCCGCCGUCGUUUUCUUCCUCCUCCGCCAGCCCGCCUCUUCCUCGAACCGCCUUUUGCUCGCUGCUCACAGGUCACUCCUCGACUCCUCCCUACCCGCCUGCAGAUUCUUCAGUGACGGAUCCGAUGGACUGCUCCACUACUCCUCCUUCCAUUCCUGCCUCUUCCGCCAAAAUCCAUUCUUCUCCGUCCCAUUUCUCGGGCUCUUUGUGUUCCUUUACUUCUACAUCCUCAUCGCUACGGCGCAGGUCCACUUCUCCGUCGUCGUCACCAAGCUCGUCGCUCAUCUCCGAUUGUCUCCGUCCAUGGGUGCGGUGACGCUAUUGGCGCUCGGUAAUGGGGCCCCGGACGUGUUCGCUUCCGUUGCUGCCGUCAGGGGAGGCCAUCCGAAGACUGGAUUUGGGGCGAUCCUAUCUGCAGGGACCUUCGUGUCCGCUUUUGUGGUGGGGUUCGUAUCGAUCUAUGCGGCGCCAUUUUCAGUCGAUCCAGCUCCGUUUGUGAGGGAUGUGAUGUUUUAUUUGACAGCUGCAACCUUCCUGUUCUACGUGUACUUGAGUGCUGAGAUUUUCCUCUGGCAGGCCGUCGGAUUUGUGGGGUUUUAUCUCUUCUUUGUGGUGAUUGUGUUUUGGAUGGAUUUGGCAGAUGGAAAUAGGAGAGUGAAGCGAGUUAGCGAUGGAGCUGAGAUGGGUUUGCUUGGAAAUGGUAAGACUCGCAAGGGGAGCUCUGAGAUGGACUGUGAAAAUGGAAAGCUUUUAAGCACCUCUGUAGAAAUAAAGAAUCCCAGCUCCAAGUUAAGGCUUGCCUAUGACAAGGUAUUGCAGGUAUGGGAACUUCCAGUCUCCGUUCUCCUGAAACUUACAAUCCCUCAGACAUCACCUACAGAGUGGAGCAGAUUUUAUCAGUCUGCCAACAUAGUUUUUUGUCCCUUGGCCCUUUUGUACUCAUGCAGAUCAUUUAUGCCCUUAAAUCACCCAGUUGUAUUUCUUCUUCCAAACACCCACUUUCCUCUUUGGUUUAUAGUACUCUGUGGGAGCUCAUCUCUAGCGCUUCUUCACUACGUUGUUGAAAAGGAGCCUCCAAACUCUGAGCAACUGCCCACUGUGCUUGUUGCAUUCGUAAUGAGUGUAUUCUGGAUAUCAACAGCAGCAGGAGAGCUCCUCAACUGCCUUGCAGCUCUCGGAGCACUUCUGAAACUGCCACCUGCUCUUCUUGGUUUAACAGUGCUUGCAUGGGGGAAUUCAGUGGGUGAUCUUGUUGCAGACGUUGCCGUUGCAAAGGCAGGUCAGCCUGCAAUGGCCAUGGCGGGAUGCUUCGCGGGCCCCAUGUUCAACAUGCUUUUUGGGCUUGGAACCGCUCUGGUUAUACAGACAGGGAAAGUUUAUCCAAAUGCAUACGAGCUGCGUUUCCAUGUGAGUAUCGUUGUGGCCUUUGUUUUCUUGCUCUUAAGCUUGAUGGGAUCAUUGCUUGUAGUAACUUGGAACAGGUUUCAAGUGCCCAGAUUCUGGGGUUUCUGUCUCGUCGGACUUUACACACUAUUCGUGCUAGUAAGUUUGGUCAUUGCCAAGUUUUCUGCGUAAUCUUAGCCAGAUGGGAACGAGAUAUCACAUUCUUUUACUGCAUUUCUUUUGUGUAUAUAUGGAAGCCUCUCAAUAUUUUAGGGUGUGGGCUUUUCCAUAGUCUCAUGUACUCCUACUUUGCGUGUUAAUAAUUUUUGUUACAGCUA